AUGGAAAGGUGCGUUGCCAUCAACGUCUUUCUCCGUUAUAAGAGUGUUGAUUCCUCUGUUGUUUUCUAUGAUGCAAGAUGGAUCAUGCAUUAUACAUUGCUGCCGAAUUCGGAUAUUGAUGUUCUAAUGCAAAACAAGGACAAAAUCGGCGUUAAAGCGACUCCAAACCGUAAUAUUGUUCUUCAUAUUGCAUCCCAAUUUGGUAAUAAAGAAUGUGUGCCGGAGAUUCUGACAAUGCAUCAAUCGCUAUUAUGUAGUGUGAAUUCAAGUGGCAAGUUUGCACUUCACCUUGCAGCAAAGAAUGGACUCUACUUGGUAGUUCUAACACUCAUAAGUUGUGCAACAUCACUUGAUGCAUCAGAGCUUGAAAGUGGAGUUGGCGCAGUCAAGGAGAUGCUAAGGUUGACAAAUGAGGAUAGAGACACAGCCUUGUACGAAAUUGUUCGAUAUAAUCAGUUUAAUGUAGCUGAGUUUUUAACAAAAGAAGAUCCGGAGUAUUCAUAUGCUACCAAUAAUGAUAGAGAGACUCCACUUUACAUUGCUGUCGAAGGGGGAUUUCUUGAGUUGGUGAAGUGA